AGCAAAGAAUGGGAAGCCUCGCCUUACGCUCAACUGUGCCGGGUGGACUUCCUGGGCGCUCUGACCGUUGACUGCAGCGAAGGAGAUGACCGUGAAGUUUUUUUGAGCCAACGGUCGCAUAAAGCAAGAACGCUUCCGCUUCUGCCUGACGAUACGCUUUCUAAUUCUUCUGUCUUCUUCUCUAUCUCCUCCUUCACAGCCAUGAUUGAUUCUGCAAGGUCUUGUUAGAGGAAGAAGGGCAAAUCUUUUAGAGAAGGCAAAAGCAAAGGACCGGAGAGAGGUAGAAGCUGUUUGUCCAUGGGAAAUUUCUGCAGUUUUUCAGAUAAGAAUGUAAGCUCGAGCCCAGCAAACACCGGUUCAGUGCUGUCAUCUAAAGAAAUUAGCACCACCACCACCACCACCACCACUACUGGGAAGUUUUCCACAUUUAGCAACAGUACAUUUGGGCAGUCUACAAGCAGUGGAGCGAGCAUUGAUGAGUCAUUUCCGCAUGGAAAGAUUUUGGAGUCGCCAAAUCUUCAUAUUUUUACAUUUGCAGAACUGAGGAGUGCAACGAAGAAUUUUAAACCAGAGGCAGUUCUUGGGGAAGGAGGAUUUGGAAAGGUGUUCAAGGGAUGGGUUGAUGAAAAAACUUUGAGUCCAGUAAAAAGUGGGCUUGGAAUGGUGGUUGCUGUGAAGAAGCUCAACUCUACAAGCAUGCAAGGUUAUGAAGAGUGGCAGUCUGAAGUUAAUUUUCUGGGAAGGCUCUCGCAUCCUAAUCUUGUCAAACUGUUGGGGUACUGCUGGGAGGACAGGGAGCUUCUCCUGGUUUAUGAGUUCAUGCCAAAAGGGAGCUUGGAAAAUCAUCUUUUCAGAAGAGGGGCUGCUUUUGAUCCUCUCUCAUGGAAUGUUAGGCUAAAGAUAGCCAUUGGUGCUGCUCGAGGCCUUGCUUUUCUACAUUCUUCAGAGAAACAAAUUAUUUAUCGUGAUUUCAAGGCCUCUAAUAUUCUUCUUGACUCGAACUACAACGCAAAACUUUCAGACUUUGGUCUAGCGAAGAAUGGGCCAAUAGGUAGUGAGUCCCAUGUGACUACCAGGGUCAUAGGCACAUAUGGCUAUGCAGCUCCUGAGUAUGUUGCAACCGGUCAUUUGUAUGUAAAGAGUGAUGUGUACGGGUUCGGAGUUGUCUUGUUAGAGAUGCUCUCAGGUCAGCGAGCACUUGACCCAAAUCGACCAGCUGGGCAGCACAGUCUGGUAGAUUGGGCAAAGCCAUAUCUAGCUGACAGAAGGAAGCUAUCGAGAAUGAUGGAUUCCAGGCUUGACGGCAAGUAUCCUUCAAAAGGAGCUCUUCAAGCAGCUCAGCUCACGUACAGAUGCAUUGAAGCCGAACCGAAAAACCGGCCUUCAAUGAAGGAAGUCGUCGAGACUCUGGAGGAGAUUGAAGCCCUCAAAGGCCAUUUGAGGGAAUCGAAGGAAGCCUCUCCUCAGCGCAGGUCUCGCCAACUUGGCCAGGCUCCAACGAACACUCGCUCGCCGCUUGGACUGACGUAAUAGAGCAAUUAUUAGGUGGAGUGCUGAUGGAAGAAUCGUCCUCACAAGCACUGGUACUUAACGGUAUCCAGCGGUACCGAUUGCGGGUACGGUACCCACCAAUGAGGUGAUGUGGCAUAUUUUUAUUGAUCUCCGGACGCACUCCGCGCCUAAUAAUUUCUCGACGUAAUAAGGCAUUAACUUGGGUUGUUGGUGUUGAAGUUCGAAGCUGUGCUGCUUGUCUUUAUAUUAAAAAAUGUAAACUGAACAUGGGUUCAAAUCUUUGUAUGGAGCAUUGAUUCAAUUUUUAUACAUAAAAAGCAUAGAGCAUUCAAUUAAAUGUACUCUGUUUACUUGAAAA